AUGGUGCGUGGUAUCCCGCAUACCGACAAGCUUUUCAUAGGAGGAGAUUUCAACGGCCACAUUGGAGCGACGUCUAGGGGGUAUGAUGAUGUGCAUGGUGGCUUUGGUUUUAGAGAUAGAAACGGAGGAGGAACGUCUCUGUUGGACUUUGCUAGAGCAUUUGAUUUGGUGAUAGCAAACUCGAGUUUCCCAAAGAAGAGAGAGCACUUGGUCACCUUCCGGAGUUCGGUGGCCGAGACUCAAAUUGAUUAUUUACUCUGCAGGAAGUUCGAUAAAGGUCUUUGCACGGAUUGUAAGGUCAUCCCCACUGAGUACCUCUUGGCCCUUCAUAAGCUCCUGGUCAUGGACCUUGAGAUUACGAGGAAGAGCGCGACGUAUAACUAA